AUGAAUGAAAUUUUUCAAGAUUACCAAAAUAGACUUAAAAUAGCGGAAGAUUUUUGCACUUUUAUGGAUAUUUGCACAGAUCCAAUUUCAUUUACAAAUUGGGCUGACAAAGUGCUGUCUUCUAGAGGUUUUACAAAAAUUUCAGAAUCAAAAUUACCAGACGUUGCGCCAUUAAAAGGAUACAUCAUCAGAUCUAAUAAAACGUUAAUUGCCUAUAACAUUGGCGAUUAUAAAUCGGCAGUGAUCGCAGCUGCUCACUCAGAUAGUCCUUGCAUUAAAUUAAAAACAAAUUUCGACUCAAAUACAACAUUAUACCAAUUUCUAAACCUUGCAAAUUAUACCGGUGGCCUUGCACAUACAAUGUUCGGCCGAGAUUUGAUACUCAAAGGAAAUGUUUACUAUAUUGAUCAAGGAGAGCUUAAAUGCAAAUUUGUAAAUUCAGUAAAGCCAAUUGGAUUCAUUCCUUUCCCAGAAGUUACAUUAAAUCAAUCAUAUGCUCUUACUCCAAAUUUUAAUCGCGAUGAAAACAUGAAAAUUAUUGUUAGUUCUGGAGGAAAUACUCCUGUACGUACAUACCUUGAAAAACUUGCCGAUAUACCACCAAAUUCAAUUGAUUCUGUUGAUUUAUAUCUUAUUGAUAAAAACAAAGCAAAAAUAGUUCACGAUCUCGUUACAUCUGCAAGACUGGAUAAUCUCCUAUCCUCAUUUUGCUGUUUUACGUCAUUUCUCUCAGUACAACCCCAAAAUACUUUAAAUAUUUGCGCAAUUUUUGAUAAUGAAGAGAAUGGAAGUCAUACACUCAAUGGAGCGUUAUCAGAUAUGCUGGAAAGAACGCUCAGAUUCUUAGUUUUCAAAGCUCCUCCAUUUCUUUCUUUAAUUCCACAAAAUGACGGUUCAGAAACGCAACAACCGUUAUCAGAUAAUGAUAACCAUCGCAUUCCAACCAAGGAAGAACUGUUUGACACCUUAAAACGCAAUAGUAUUUUUAUAUCUGCUGAUGCAGCUCACGGAAGGCAUCCAAACUAUAUGAAACUGUUUGAAAUUAACCAUCCGCCAACUAUGGGGCACGGAGUUAUCCUCAAAGGGUCAAAUGCGAAUUCAACCGGAUUUAAUCUUCGCGGGGAACUCGCAAUUCGACAGGCAGGAGUCCUCUCAGGUGCAAAGGUAAACAAAAUAGCCAGAAUCAAUGCAAGAAGCACUGGAGGAACAAUUGGACCAAAAGUUGAAAUGUUAAACGGACUUGCAACAAUAGAUAUCGGAAAUGCAACAUUUGGAAUGCACUCGUACAGAGAAACUGUGGCUCAGAGUGAUAUUUUCGACCAAUACUUGGUUAUUAAAGAAAUUUACGAAAAUUACGACUUAAUAUUACAAGGAAUAGAAGGAGAAGUAGAUCCUAAUGAUGUUCCUGCUGAAAUUGUUGAAGCACUUGAAAAAAGACAAAACAACAAACCAAAAAAAUCAACAAAAAAUAAAAAAUAA